GAUUUAAAUUUGUUUUUAUUAUUAAAUAUUACACGAAAAUAGGAAGAGAGAUUAUUAUUGGAAAAUGAUUCAGAAAGGGAUGCAGGUAAAAGUUUUAUAUGAUUUUGAUGGUGAUCCAGACAAUGGAGAAUUAUCUGUCAGAGCUGGGGAAGAAUUAACUGUUACAGCACAGGAUAUUGGAGAUGGCUGGUGGGAAGCAAGAAAUAGCCUAGGACACCAAGGAUUGAUACCUGAGGCUUAUGUACAGUUGGCAGAACCUCCAGAGCCCUCAUUUCCACCCCCUCCACCUCCCCCAGCAGGCCCUAGUGCCCCUCCUGCACAUCACUAUACAUCUGAGUCUUCUGAUGAUGUGAAUGGUUUCCAUGACAACCAGUAUAAUGGAGGUCAAGGUUAUGAUAAUCAUGGGCAGACGUUACCACAACAGUCUUCACAAGAGGGAUGGGACGAUGAUGAUUGGGAUGAUUUCGACGAUCAGUCAUCAACUAGUACAGCUGGUCAUGACAACCAUGAUUUACAGGGUCAAGGCAAUUUUGGUUUGUCAGUUGCAAAACGAGAAAAAAUAUCACCAACAGGUGUUCCAGGGGGAGAAAAUUUGUCAAGAUACGGUACAGUCAGAGUCAGUAGAUUUUCAAAUUUUGCGAAGGCUGGUGGUGAGGCGUUUUUAAUGGGGCAAGCAACUCCUCCUGUACAUAUAUCUGAAGGAGAUAAAGUCAAAAUUAUAGAAACAAGAGAUGGACCUAUCUGGGCUGCCACGGAAUCCUACACAUGUGAAAUCAAAUCUCCAAAGAAAGAAUCCAAACUUAAAGGACUUAAAAGUUUUAUUGCAUACCAAGUUAUUCCUUCAUUUAGUAAUAUACAAGUUAGCAGACGAUACAAACAUUUUGAUUGGUUACACGAAAGGUUAAAAGAAAAGUUUAUAUGUAUACCAGUGCCUCCUUUACCAGAUAAAGCUAUUGCAGCUGUAUAUAGAAAAUCAACAGGUCGAUACGAAGACGAUUUUAUAAAUGAGAGAAUGAAACAGUUACAGUAUUGGAUGGAUAGAAUGGUCCGACAUCCAGUAAUAUCACAUUGUGAUACGUUUAACCAUUUCCUCACCUGUACAGAUGAAAAGAAAUGGAAAGUUGGAAAACGAAAGGCAGAAAAAGAUGAAUUUGUUGGUUUUAAAUUUUUCUAUACAUUAGAUACACCUCGACAGCCACUUGAUGUUAGAGAUGUUGAAAGUAAAAUGGAAACCUUUCAAAAGUUUGUUAAAGGAAUGGAUGAUAAUGUUAAGAACUUGAUAUCCGUUUUCCAUGAUAACAGAAAAAGACACACAGGGCCUUUCAAGAAAGAAUUCUCCAGAAUUGGUGGUGCUUUUAAAGAAGCAGCAACUACUUUUAACAUGGAUAUAGGAUCAUAUUCGAGGGAUUUAACAGCUGCAAUAGAUUACACAGGUGAUACAUACAACCAAAUAGGUGAAAUGUAUGCUAAACAACCUGAAAAAGACAUUGAUCCCAUGCAUGACAUGUUAUAUGAAUAUAAAGGAAUAUUGGCGGUGUUUCCAGAUGUUUUAAAAGUUCAUGAGGGAGCAUUAAGUAAAGCUAGGGAAUGUGUCAAACUACAGGAAGAUGGGAAAAUGCAGGAGAACGAAGUGACAAAUGUGAUACAACAAAGUGACAUUAUAUCGUACGGUACUAUGGCCGAGGUUCAAAAUUUUCAGAGACAGAGAGUAGCAGACUUUAAACAUACUAUGCAAGUGUAUUUGUCAGGACAAAUAGAAUUCUACAAAGAGAUCACCAAAAAGUUAGAAGAUGCACUUACCCAUGUGGACAAGUCUUAGCUCUUCUCUGUGCCAUAUUGUGUUACAAGCUUACACUAAUUGCAUUAUCUCCACUUGCUGCGGGCUCAGAUAUGUCAUAAUGUAGAAAUAUCAUAUAUCUACUCCUUCAGGACUUUUUCGAUGCCAGCUGAGAGAUAUAAUGAACUGGCAGAAGAGUAAAAAAACUGAUUCCAUGAAGGUUAGGAUUCUAUACGAAGUUAUCAGUGAUUAAACAAAUGAUUCCCCUAGUAAUCAAGAAAAGAACAUCUUCCUCUAUUGCAGAUAAAACUCAUCAAAAUCAUUCAUUUCUGCUGUUAAAAACUUUUAAUUGUGUAAAUUACUCACCAAGUGUCUGUCAUAUUUGUAUGUAUGAAAGAUUUAUUCCAUAGUACAGCAAUGGUUUAUUUUCCAAUUGCCAACUUUGUUUCUAAUUUUGAAUUUUUGGCUAAGGGAAACAACUCUUAGGUAGACAAACUGUAUCUCUGCCUGUAAAGAGCAAGUGGAAAGAGCAAUGGUGGGUGUUGACAAUAAAUUUUACUUGUUAAUUGCAUUUUACAUUUAUUGUAUAAAUAGGAUUACAAAAUUUGGGAUUUUUCAAUGAAAAUUCAUAACAGCUGAAGUUUUAAUGUGGAGGGAUAAAUUUGUGUAGGAGUUGUUCCCCUUUGCAAAAAUAAAAUCUAAAAUUAGAAACAUGGUAGAUAAUUAGAAAAUUGACUUUUUAUUCACUGCAUCUGUUGUAAAUUCAAUAUAUUCUCAGGACAAAUUAUAUUUAUAAAUUAUUAUGUAUGAAAACACAUUUAUAAUUGUAAUAUUUUCUUAAAUCUAUUUAAUACAUAUUUUCUUGUUAAAUUUACUUAACCAUGUUGAUUGUUGUUAUAGGUGUCAAUUUAAAGGGAUGUAUUAAUGGUCGGCCAUUUUGUACAAAAAUGAAAUUAUGUAUUUAUGGUCUGCCAUUUUGUACAAAAAUGAAAUUAUAUAUUUAUGGUCUGCCAUUUUGUACAAAAAUGAAAUUAUGUAUUUUUGUUAACUGUUUCAAUCUGUUGAAAUUUUAAUACCAAAUCAUGAACAUACAAUGUCUUAGGGUCUUAGAAAGGAAAACGGGCUUUAGGUAUGUCCAGUUUCUGGGUUAAGAACAUGAAGGGAUUGUAAAUAAGAUUAUUUAUUACGCCCCACCUACCAUAGUAGAGGGGCAUUAUGUUUUUCAGUCUGUGUGUCCGUUCGUUCGUCUGUCUGUCCGUUCAUGAGUCUGUCCCACUUCAGGUUAAACUUUUUGGUCAAGGUUGUUUUUGAUGAAGUUGAAGUCCAAUCAAGUUGAUACUUAGUACACAUGAUCCCUAUGAUAUGACCUUCCUAAUUUUAAUGCCAAAUUAGAAUUUUGACCCCAAUUUCACAGUCCACUAAACAAAGAAAAUGAUAGUGCGAGUGGGGCAUCCCUGUACUAUGGACACAUUCUUGUUUAUGAUAUUUUACUAAACAAUAUUCUGUUAAUGACAUUGUGGUAGAUAACUAGUGUAGCCACACUUAGUGUUGAUAAGCAACUCCAUUGCCAUAGGUUAUCUUGAAAUAUUAGACUUGUUAUUAGACCAUUUCAAUUUCUUAUUUAUGAAUGAAUUACAGCGGUUGAUUCAAGGUCAGUUGCUGUAAAUGAUGUCAUUGAACCAUGAACAUUAACUGUGAAGCAAUAACAUAAACAUUGUGACACGUGUAAGGGAAAAUUCACUAAUUUGAAAAUCUUUAUAGUUAUUAAUGAUUGUCAAGUUGAAAUUCAGAUUAGCCUCCAUCCUAUAUGAUAUAUGAUUGUAUGGCAGAUCAGCUUCAAAUUUUGAACAAAAAGUGAAGUUUUUGUACUAACUUUGUAGGCCAAUGUAAUAAAAUGAUUCUCCAGUGGUUAUCCUCUUUAUUUCAAUACUCAGCAAGGGGUUUCAAAAUAUUUUUGACCACACAUGAUGUGGGUCAAAUUGUCUUGCACAAGAUAAGAGUAAAUAACUCAUUUCAAAUGCUGUGACUUUUAGCUAAUUUAUUAUGCUCUCAUGCUAUUGGUUGAUUCUAUUGAAAGAGUGUCUUUUAUGCUUUAUCUGUUCUUGGGAGUUUUACACAAGACUAUCGUCUGAAUAAACAUGAUAGAAACAAAUUCUCCAAACUUGUGAACAAUAUUUCUCAACUCUUAAUAGAGUAAUACCAUAUAGUUUUUCUUUUUUUUUUAGAAAAUGAAAAAUAUCAGCUGUCAGUCAUAAUGUUGAACUUUUUGUUGGUUUAAGGAGUAAAAAUGAUGAAAUAAUUGACUGUAUUUUUUUUUGAAACUAUAAGAAAAGGUACCAAGGAAAUAUUCAAAAAGUCAAUAUUUCAUUGACCCAAAUUAUUACCUGUUUCUACAAAUCAAGUCCAUUUUUUUUUACGAUGCCUAUAACAGUCUACUUUACUUGGUUAAUUAUAUGCAUAUUAGUUAAUUCCUGACAAAAGUUAUUUACUUGUCUAUGAUAACUUUAUACUGUUCAGAGAAAUCCAGUACUUUUAUUAUAAAUUAUCUGUUUACAAAACUUUACAUUUUUGAAAUACUAAGGCUCAUCUACCUCAGGAAUAGAUUACCUUAGCUGUAUUUGGCAAAACUUUUAGGAAUUUUUGGUCCUCAAUGCUCUUCAGCUUCGUACUUUAUUUGGCCUUUUUAACUUUUUUUUAUUCAAGCGUCACUGAUGAGACUUUUGUAGACGAAACGCGCGUCUGGUGCAAAUACAAAAUUUCAAUCCUGGUAUCUAUGAUGAGUUUAUUAUAAUAUCCUGUAUACAGGAAUUAAUACAGGAAUUUAACAGAUUUUAUUUACACUAUUCUUAUUAUUAUAGUUAUAUACAUUUUUGUUUUUUUUAAAGUUUAGUAGUACAUAUUUGGUUAAGAUUUUUUCUAGAAGUAACAACAUGUAGCUAUAGAUUAUUGUACCCAGGAAUUCUAUACACGAAUUAACACAUUUUAAUGUAUACAAGAUCUUUUUCAUACAAGAUAGAGAAGUUAACUGUUUUUAUUGUACGCAAGAUUGGGAAUCAUAUAUGGAUUCUCAGAAGCAGCUCAAAGUAUUUCCAAGUAUUGUGGAUACUUUAUUUGGUACAUACACUUCAUUUGAAAAUACCAUUGAAAAUUCAAAAGUGCACAGUUGUUUAUAAGUAUUCCAACUGUAGAUUUCAGUAGUUUUCAACGUUUAAUAACGAUCCAUGUGAUGUCUCGUUUUUGUUCUAUGGAUGUACGACAACAUUUUCAGGAUUGGUCAUCUAUAAUUUCAAAGCUCAUAAAUGUUAUCAGGCAAAUUAUCAGACUGGUUCCUAGACUGGUUGACAAUUCAUUAUAUGAUUACAAAUCAGCAGUUUUACUUGCUUGCAAUUCAAUUUUAAGAUAAAAUCUUAUUUCCUGUUUGUAGUAAUUGCUUGGCAAAGAUUUUGUUAAGCUCAAUAUGAAAUGCUUUCCUGCAUCAUAUACAUUUUGUUAAAAUUGACCUUGAAAUGUUAAAAUCUAUCUUAUAAAGCCUUAGCUCUUCAAUGAUAUUAGCACUAAUGGUAUAACCUUUUUUCACAUUUGAUUUACCAAGCACAAAACAAAGUCUUUAAACUAGUCAUUUUGCCAUUAUCUGUAGAUUUAUAUGCUGUAAAUUCAGAAAUUUUGACAUGUUUGAUUAUUGCCAAAAUUGCAGUGGGAAAGGAUUGCAAAAAUUAAACUUGCAAUUUAAAUUUGAUAGCAUUAUUUGCAUGUAUGCAGCAUUUCUUGAAAUUGCAAUAAUUUAUCUUGCAAUUUUUGUUUAUUGUUUAAAAUGCAUGCAAAAGUUUCUGAAUUUACAGUAUUUAUAUAUUAAAUAUAAUAAGCUGUAUACUAGUGCUUUGUUAAUACAUUGUUUAAGUUUGAUAAAUAUUUAUGUUAUAAGAAAGAAUCAAGGUCAUCACAUGUUUUACAAAUAUAUUUGGAUUAUAAGAUGAGAAAUAUUUGUCCUGUUUUCAUUUGUCACAUUUUCCCUGUAUAUUCUAUCAAAAAUCAUCAUCCGCUUUACUUCCUCACAGAUUUAUAUUAUUUAUGCACACCAAAUUUUUACGGUAUAGCUAUACAGUUCCCAGAAGAACUUAACAAUUGUGAAAACAUAUGACUAAUGUCUGAAUAUCUGAAGGAUGAUGUGUGACAAGUUAUAAUACUUUGUGAUUUUCAGAUUCAAAGGUCCAAAUGUAGUCUUAUGAUAGGCCUAUUUCAGAAUUAAUUGUGUGUGUGGUGUGUGUGAAAGGCACUUAAUAUUUAAAAAAAUAUGGGGGUAAUUGUAUGAAAAGGGGUCUCCAGAAAGAGAUUAAAGGCCUUUUAACACACACAUCCCCCUUUUACUUAAUUUCUGUAUAGCCCAUACCUUCUCCUGUGUUUUGUAGUGUUAGAGAAAUCCAGCCAAUGGAAAAAUGCUCAGAUGCUAAAAGUGUUGAGAUGAAACACAUCACUCUGUAUCCACACUAAUUGUGGUACAAUGUAUUACUCAAAUAAUUUUACCUGAUUGACUGUGGCAUUGAUAGCUAUAUGUAUUUUUAUAUUUUCAAUUAAAGAAAAGGUUAUAGGAAUGCAAAAUUAAAAUUAUGUAAUUAUGUCUGCAUUGGGUACCAGUGUAAAUUAUGCCCAGUCAGGUCAAAAUCAAUUAGUAAUUGUAAAAUAAUUAAUACUGUAUUUUUUAUUAUUUUUCUUCAGAAGAACAAGCAAUACAGCAAUGAAUAAAAUAAUUAAAAUAUAAUAUAAAAGAUUAAUUGUGAUAAAAUAUUUGUUGUAUAAUUUUAUUUAUGAAUUCUGUUAUAGUUUAACAAAGUAUAGAGGUCAUUGAGAUCAUGUAUUUCAGAAUGAAAUGUUUUUAUUACUUACAGCUUUGUUAUGCUUUGUGUCUGCUUGUCAAGCAAGCAUGUUUUUCUGCAUAUUGUAAAAGUAAUUGAGAGGGAAAGUUUGUUAAAGUCUUCAGGGGGAAACAAUAAACAAUCAAAAAUUUUAAUUGGUUGUUCAAAAAUGAAUGUACUUUAUACAUAAAAUUUAAAUCUCGUUAAAAACAUUAAGUUUAUCAAAACUUUUUGUUAAAUUAAUAUUUUACAUUUUUUUAUUAGUAAACAGCCUACAGUUUCAACAGCUCCUUGACAUGUAAAAAAUAAAACCAAAACAGCUUAAUGCAACUGCAGAACAGCAUUAGUGAUCAUUGUACAUGACACCAGAUGAUUGAAUCUUCAUCUUCUCUAAAACCUGCCAAAAAAUUGAUGAUAAUUUCUUUUCCACUAUUUUUUACUAUGUACUAAUUAAUGAUUAAGAUUAAUGAGUACUAAUCACUGACUUAGAUUAAUGAGUACUAAUUACUGAUUAAGAUUAAUGAUUAGUAACCAAUUCUAUACAAUUUUAUAUAUUAAUGCACUUCUGUUGAAUACUUAUAAUUUUUGUAGUUUUGUGGAUUUAGAUUUAAAUCCUCAUUGAAACUUUCACCCUUUUACUGAACAAACUGGAAUUUGUUAUGCAUUACCUGUGCAUGUAUAUUCACAUUUGCAAAACUUAUGUCAGUGUGUGAUUGAUUCUGAUAAUAGUGUGGAAAAUGGAAGACUAAAUGAGAGUGAGAUAAUUUCAUAAAAGAUUAAUUUGCACACGUUAAUUAUACAAAUCAAAACAAAAUUUACUUUUAAAAUAGAUAAGAUGAAAUAAAACAACUCUUUUAUUGUGAAACUGUAGUAGCAAAUCAUGAGGAUUGUCUGUGGACAGAAUUCCUUUCUUAACAGAUUUUUUAAUUCAUGUAAAAAUGAGUUUGAAACAAAACUUUCAGUGAUUUAAUUCUAUGACCUCCUACUUUCCAGAAGUUCCUAGUUCAAACACUUACUAAUACAUUGGGCAGGCCCAUGUUAUUUGUUUGAUGGUUAUAUACUUGCUCCCUACAAACGUUUGUGCUAUAUUUUGUAACCAUUCUUGUUAAUGUGCCUGUGAAUAGGCCUCUUUAAUAAUGAAUAGAUUGUUUCAUUCUUGAAAUAUUUUAUUGAUAUCUUGAAUAAAGAAAUUUAUAUGAAUUA